UAGUAAGGCAUGCGCAGUGCGGACGAGUAAAAUAGACGGAAUUCAAAGUUUCUGACGAGCCAAUAAAGAUGUUCGGCUUUCAUAAAUCGAAGAUUUACCGCAGUAACGACGGUUGUUGUAUUUGCAAAACCAAGUCGUCCAGUUCUCGAUUCACAGACAGCAGUAGAUACGAGGAAAACUUCAGACUCUGCUUUGGUCUGUCUGAGGAUAGAGUUGGAGACAUCUGCAAUGCUUGUGUACUGCUGGUAAAACGCUGGAAGAAAUUACCACACGGGUCAAAGAAGAACUGGAACCAUGUGGUGGAUGCAAGAGCAGGACCUGGCUUCAAGCUCACCAAACCCAAGAAAGUGAAAAACAUUGAAGGAAAGAAGAAAAGUAAACUGAAAAAGCUUCAUAAAUUCAAACGACAAAAUUCAGAUGCCCACAGCACCACAUCCAGUAUGUCUCCCUCUCAGUCUCCCAGCCACAGUAAUCAGUCUGAUGAUGGAUCGGACAUUGAGACCAAACAGAGACGUCCUAACCCAUCUGGAUUUUCCUUUCUUGACCUGUCCUACUGGAAAAGGCAAAAGGUGUGCUGUGGGAUUGUCUACAAAGGGCGUUUUGGAGAGGUGAUCAUUGAUCCUCGACUUUUCAAGCCCUGCUGUAACAGCAAGAAGCGCCCCGCUCUGGCAUCUUCCUCGGACUCUCCGAUCUCUCAAUCACUUCCUCCGCCUCUUCCAGAGGAUGUGAAGGAGGCGUGGUGAUCAGCCGAUUGCAUCCACCAAACUGUCUCAUUGAGGCCCUCAUAGCUUUGUCUCCAGUGGUAGACUCUGAUAUCUUCCCCUUGUUAGAUAACUGUAUGAGUUGAGUUUUUUUUUUACCCCCUGCUUUGUAUUUUUUUACGACUCUUUUGUAAAAUGUAAGUUUUGUACCUUUUUUUUAUAAAACAGAAAAGGGAAAAAAAGGGCAUUAGGAAAUAUUUAUAGCUCAGAGUUGGGGCAUUUGAUGUAAUCCAUUGGUUUUUUUUUUUUUAUCACUGUAAAAUAUUUUAGUUUAGGAGUUACCAGUGUUUGUAAAUAUAAUCUUAUUUUCCAUUCUAGUGCACCAAAAGGCUUCUGUUUGGCAUUUACUUUCACGAAUUACAGAUGAAAUUAUGUAAAGUGCUGUAUCUAGCAUUAUAGCCAAGGCAUUAAUGAGAUGGGUGUCGUUUUAAGCAAGUCUUUAAGCAAAUGCAGUCUUCUGCUCAGAUUCCGAUCGUAAACUGUGGUUUAUUAUAUUACAGAAAUUAAUUUUUGACUUUGGCACAAUAUUCACAAUGUGAAUACACCUCAGCUUUUGGUCUGUAAUAUGGAUAUGUGCUUAUAAAAUAUAUUUUUUUUUUUUUUCCUGGUUUGAUAGAUAUUUCUCAAAAUUGUUACGGGUUGGUAAAUCUUUAAAACUAAGAUGUAAAAAUACAUUCUCAGAGUGUUUAAACUGUUAUUUAUACAAUGGAAUACAAAAGCAUGCACAGUGUAUUUGUAGGCAUGAUCAGUCUUUUUUUAAAUGUUUAUGUUUGUGUUUUUAGCAUGUGAGCGUGCUAUAAUACGGAUAGGAUGAAUGAUGAAUUUAUGACCUGGCUUUACACUGUUUUUCACCAUGUUGUCUACUAGUUCCACUAUGUAUUGGACACUAAAGGUAAUUUAUCAAAGAUGAAUUGUACAGCCAGUCUUUCAGCCUUGUUGUUUUUACUGCAGCUUUUUAAAUAUUUUGGAUUUUCCUUUUUUAUUGUUUGUAUUUUAGCAGUUAAAUUUCCUUCAGAAUGAUAGAAUAGCUGUUUUUAAAUUAAAUAGAAUUGAUUCAGUAGUUUAGCAAUAUUGUAGAGUUUUCCAAUUGGAUUUGAAAGUACACAGGAUUUUGGUUGUACUAAUUUCAUUGUAUUAUUUGAAUGUUUGUUUUUAUUCACCAGCAAUUUUCUGAGUCGGCAGUAUCGUUGACUCAAAGCUCUCUUGUUUUGAAAACACAUGAGAGAAAUUAUAAAAUGUCAAUAAAGUUCAGGGAAUUUUUUUAACUAUUAAUUAGGCACAUUCUCAAUGUUAAUGUGCCUUACCAGAGAUUUAGAUGAUCGUUUCAUUACAUUAAUUUGUCGGGGUUUUUUUUUAACUUAUGCUAUUUAUUCAAAGCUGUCUGUACAAUUGAUGCUGUAAAGAAGUUUUGUGCACUUUCUGUUUUUAUACUUUUUUUACUAUUGAUAUUUUGUAUCUCAA